UACACAAUUGUAUUAAGCUUCUCUUAGAUUUGAAACAAUGCCUUGGGGAUCAAGCAAAGUAAAUGUGGAAGUUGAUUGGAAACCUGAAAGAACCCUAGUCCUGCUAGGUCGAACAGGGAAUGGUAAAAGCGCGACCGGAAACAGCAUCCUAGGAGAAACUAAGUUCUUGUCAAAAGCAAGAGGAAAGUUCAUUACCAAAGAGUGUAAGCUACACAAAUCAGAGCUACCAAAUGGUUCGACCAUCAAUGUCAUCGAUACUCCUGGUCUGUUUAGUGCUUCCUCGACGCCAGAUUUUACAAUUAGAGAAAUCGUUAGAUGUUUACGUUUAGCUCCAAACGGUAUAGAUGCAGUGCUUCUUGUUUUCUCUGUGAGGAAUCGGUUAACAGAAGAGGAACAAUCAACACUUCGCACAUUAAAGAUCCUUUUCGGAAGCCAAAUCGUUGACCAUAUGAUUGUUGUUUUCACCAACGGAGAUGCAUUUGAUGAUGGAGACACUCUUGAUGACUAUUUAGAGGACUGUCCUGAGUUUCAGGAAAUUCUCAAAGAAUGUGAUGACCGUAAGGUGUUGUUUGACAAUAGGCGUAAUGUCCCUAAAAUCAAGAGAGACAAGCAAGUUCAAGAUCUUCUCAACCUCGUCGAGCAAAUCUCAAGGAAGAACAAUGGCAAAUCUUUUAUGGCUGACUUAUCACUUGAGCUAAGGAAGAACGAGGCCACGUUCGAGGAGAAGCAGAAGCAGAUUGAAGCACUGAAGGCUUCGUCUUCGAAACAAGAGAUAACGGAAGUGAAGAAGGAAGUAGAGAAAUCGUAUAACGAAAUGCUCGAGGGAAUAAAAGAGAAGAAACUAUCUUCUGAUGAGAUCAGGAGGCUUAGAGAACAACUCAACAAAGCUGAGAGAGAGACUGCUUCUUUGCGCAAAGAGCUCAAAGAAAAAUGCUCUGUUCUCUAA